AUGUCUACCAUCACCAAGGUUGCAGUUGUGGGGGCUUCCGGAAACCUUGGUCCGCUGGUUGUCAAGGCUCUUCUUGAUGUCGGUUUCGAAGUCACUGCUGUGACUAGACAGGAGUCGAAGGCGACCUUCUCCUCGAAUGUCGUGGUAAAGAGGGCGGAUCUCUCCUCCGUGGGGUCUGUUACCGAGGUGGUGAAGGGCCAUGAAGCGGUCGUCUCUACUGUUUCUCGAUUUGUCCCGUCCGAGUUUGGCGUCAACACUCGAGAGGCCCGCGACACCAAGUUCGGUCGUUUUGUGGCGUCCAAGAUUACCACCCUUGACUACCUCAUCGAGCUCUCUGAGAAACGUCAGUGGUUCUCAUGGACCGGUAUCUGUACUGGAGCUUUCUUCGACUGGGGCCUUGUGAACGGCUUCUUUGGAUUCGAUCUUAAAACCCAGAACUGCACACUCUUCGACUCUGGCAAUGAACCCUUCUCCGGCACCAAUGUGGCAUUUAUCGGCAAGUGUUUCUUGACCGUGGCCUCCUUCACCACCACUCAGAAUGAGGUAUUGAGGGUUAUCGAAGAGGAGACUGGCUCCAAGUUUGCGAUCACGAAUGUGAAAACCUCGCAUCUGGAGAAGAUUGGCGAAGAGAAAGCAGCAAGGAAUGAUCCCACCGCUUUUGUCGAAUUUCUCCUUCAGUACGUAUUUGCAGACGGUGCGAAUCAAGCCGUGGCGGAGAACUCCGCCGUUACAGUGCUCGGCUUGGAGGAGGAGAGCCUCAGGACAACUAUUAAGGCAGCUAUCGCUGCACUGUUACAAAUGAAACUCUUAGGGAUAUUUCAAAUAAAACAAAUGUUUUGA